AGCCGCCUGAAACAUCCGAAGAAGUUCUUACGAAGAAAAUGGAGGCUUCGCAUGUGCUUGUUUCUUCUCGUCGUCAAAGAAUGAAAUAUGGAUUAUCUCUUUCGCUCACUCGUUGUGAAACAACGCCCUAAUAUUAACGACGGUACAGUAAAACUAAAUUAACCUUUAUUUCCUAUCGACGAAGAAUGGAGAUAGAAAGUCGGGAUUUUCUCAACACUCCUCCUUUAAAGACCGUCAGAUUUGGCGGCAGUGUCGUGGAAACAUUAUCAAAGUACACGCAGGGAGACAUGAGUGACUAUGAACUGUUGAAGUAUCAACUGACCGAUCCUAACAUCAAGGACGCACAGAUCAUCACUUGGCUACAAGAAUUCAGGAAUUGUGUAUCUCAGCUGACCAAAGAGCACGAACAACUCAUCUAUUCUAUUUUAAGACUUCCCUGGUUGGGCAGGAGUCAGGCAGUAGCAGAUGAGUACAUGUGCUUCCUCAGCAACCUGGUCUCUGCACAGACCCUCUACCUGUGUGCCUGUCUCAACAUGCUGGUCUCACACUUCACUCCCAAGAGAGUGACCAUCAGUGAAGGAGGAGUUGAUAUCUCUGAUUCAGAGGAUGAAGAUGAUGAUUUGCCCAGAAUGUUCCAGCACUGCCACCAGGCCUUGCAACUCAUCACUAAAUAUGUUCCAUGCACCAGUCAAUUUCUGCUGCCCAUUCUGCAAGACAACUUUCCUUUUGUGCAAAAGUCCUCCAGAACCCUGGAGUGUUAUGUCCAUAACCUCCUGAGAAUGAGCCUCUACAUACCAAGCAUUCGAGCAGACGUGCUGGAGAUCAUCGUUGGACAAAUGCUCAAACUGGAUGUUGGUGUGUCCCGCUCUGACAUGGAAGAGGCUGAAGGCAAAGCAGCCUCUUCAAGGGACAGCUCUGCUGAGGAGGCCCUCUUUGAAAUGGAUGAGGACCUCCCCUCAGACCAGCCUUGCAGUCUGGGGACCAUGGCUCACCCGGUGGCUGAGAGACUGGAUGCACUGAUGAGCGUGAUGUUGGCCUACAUCAAAGAUGUCUGCCAUGUUGACGGUACUCUUCACAUGGACAGGACCAAAGAACUCUACAGAGACUUCCUCAAGGUGUUUGACAAGCUGAUUCUGCCCACACAUGCAUGCAGUCACAUCCAGUACCUGCUCUUCUAUCUGUGCAGCUUCAAACUGACCCUGGCUGAGGCCUUUUUGGACCACCUGUGGAGAAUCCUGCAGAACCCCACUCAGCCCGCUGUCCUGCGCCAGGCGGCCAUGGGCUACAUGGGAAGCUUGCUGGCGCGAGCCAAGUUCAUCCCCGUGCUCACGGUGCGAGCCUGCCUGGACCUGCUCAUCUCCUGGAUCCAUGGCUACAUGGACAGGGGGGCUGGACAGGACUGCUGUGACCUCAACCUCCAUGGAGCCUUUUAUGCAGCCUGUCAGGCUGUCUUCUACACACUCAUCUUCAGACACACAGCCAUCCUGGCAGGGAACAUGAAGAAAGGUGUGGAGUACCUUGAGAGUCUAAACCUGGAGAAGAUAGUGAUGUGUCACCUCAACCCUCUGAAAGUGUGUCUUCCAGUUGUCACCAGCAUGUUUGCAGCCAUCACCAGGAAGUAUCAGUUGGUGUUUUGUUACACCAUCAUGGAGCGAAAUAAGCGCCAGUGGCUGCCUGUGGUGCGCAGCUCAACAGGGGGCCACAGUGUGAGCACCAACACCAACACGCUGGAUUCUUUCUUUCCUUUCGACCCAUGUCUGCUCAAAAGGACUGCUCAGAUUAUAUCACCUCUCUACCAGGUGUGGGAAUCAGACCAUUCACAACUGAUCCAGCAGGCCUCCAGGGAGGGGGACUAUGACUUCCUGCAGGGUGAGACCCCCCAGGGUGAUGGUAUCACUGGGAUGACACCAAGGUCCUGGGACUCGUGUGGUCCUUGCAGUGUCGGCUCACCGCCCGUUUGUUUCCAAAAACAUUUUUAGUAACUUUUUAUGUACAACAUGAAAAGUGCACAACGUGGUUUCUUCUGCUGAUAUCACAUGGAUAUUACCCGAUACUCAAGGCAGCGUUAUCGGUGUAUCAGAAGUGAAAAGGUUGUAUCUGCACAUAAAUAAAACAGCAAACAUUCAUUUUACAAACAGAGCUCUCUUAAAGCGAUACGAUGGUGUUGCUGAGAUCAGUGGAUGCUAUUUAUUACAACUUCAACAUUUAAUAAAGAUUUCACUUCAUUUUGA